GUGGGCACCUCCUCGAUCUUCGACAAACAAAAGAAUGAAGCAGCAACUACUUCAAGCGCAAGUGGCAUCUUUGCACCUGCAGCAAAGUCUAGUGGCGCAGAGGGCUCGCUAUUUCCUUCGCAUCAAAAGGAGGAUCCUACAGCGGGUAACGACGAUCCAUGGGGCGCUGCCUCUGAGGCUGCGCUUCCUAUUUUCGCAGACCACGCGAAUGCUGGAGGGGACUUCUCAGUAAGUAGUGCUGGCGCAGGCCUCUUUGGGUUUGGUCUUUGUGCCCGUUCCGGAGGUCGUCCGCCUAUCGCAGAGGAAAAUCCUGCCUCGUCCGCGGAGGAUGAUACCAGUGAUGAAGCGAUAAUGAGCGACAUAGACAUGGAGGGACAGGGAGGCGCAAGAGGACCGGGCCGCAGCCCUAUUGGAGGUCGUGGGCGCAGCAUCUUCGUAGAGCCCACGCGACCAGUAAUACAACGGAACGAGGGUGAUAUUUGGCCACUAAGUAACACAGAACAGUCACCCGGAAAACUGUACUUUAUCUUGUUUUGUAAUACAGAUACUUAGAAUCUAGAGUAAGCUGAAGCUACAUGUUCUUGUCCUCCUAGAAGAAGAAGGGCCGUGGCGAGCUAGUUCUUCUUGCUGUUGUACUCACACCAUCACCAGCCUUGCUUUGUUAUAAAAUAUUGCUUUUCUAAAUUUAUAUCUAAGCCUAAACAUCAUGAUCAUGUCAUUGUCAUUGUCAAGCUUUCCUGCCUCAUUGUGACCUAUUCAGGUACAUCUAUCGUCGUCGUGGUGACCAAUUUGAGUUUGGUUCUUUUGGUGAUGGCUUUUCACAGCCGCCGGACGAAUGGGAUGUUCAGGGACUUAAGUUUUUGAAUAUCCAACUAGACGGGCAGCCCAACGCUCUUGCAACCAUUGGACGCGACCCAGAUCGAAACAACAAAAUUUUUGGCGGAGGACGAGGAGGUGCUUCAUCUAGUGCAGCAGGUCCAGCAGGCUCAGGAACACCGUUUGGGCUUAAAGCAGCAGCGAAGAAGCACCUUCUGGUACCAGAUGCAGACAAGUAUUGGCAAAGCCGCGCUCUCUUCAUGUGUCCCGCAGAGUUGCAAUCGAGCGUUGCAAACCAAGCUCAGUGGCGACGUUUCUACCGCCUUGCGGGUGUGGACAUCGACCAGCUCAAAGCCAACGUGCUGCAGAAAGCCCGCGACCAACGCGAGUACGAAGAAGUGGAGGCCUGGCAUCGGGAACAAUACGACAGUUGGAAGCAUAAACGGGCAGAGGCAGAGCGUCUGCUUAACACCGAAAAGCCUCUGCAAUGGACGGCUCCUGGUCCUAAAUCAGGUGAGGCAUUGGCAGAGACUUCUCAGGGAAAGACGGGAGGUAAGAAGAGCGGAUCCUUUGGAGGCAACCAAGCUGGUGGUAAAGCUAAAGCUCCUUCAUCUUCUAGUUCUUUGUAUCCGCAAAAAGGCAAAGCAAAAGGGGGUGCACCAGGAAGAGGCAAGCCAAGUCAACCAGCAUUUGACAACUACGCUGGCGCCGAGGAAGGCAAAGGAGAAAAACCUCCAGGACGCACACGCUUCGUGAGCCCGGAAAAAGUAACUGCCCUGGAGAACAAGGGAGUAAAUCUUCGUCAUAAAGCUACUGGAGGCUCAGCUUCGGUUUCGGACGCACAUCAAAAUAGAGACUGGACAGAUGUUCAGUGGGCGGAAUGGGAAGAACGAAAAGUAAAUGCUGCUCUGAAACGAGAAGUGAAGAAGAUCUCGCGAGCAGAUCAAGACGAUUGGAAUUACUACGAUGGUGGAUCGCAUGGUCAAGGUGGAAAAUACAACUCCUCGUCCUCUUCUGGUGGUAAAAAAGGCAGCAACUUCGGUGGAGGAGGAAAACAAGAAAAGGGAUUUAAUAACUCAGAAGGAGGUGGAGAAAAAAAAGGACAGAACGACAAAAGUAAAGGUGGUGGUAAGAAGGGUGGUGGAGGAAGCGACUUUUCCGGCAAAGGCGAUAAGUCCUCUUCGACAAACAAGAACGGAGGCAGCAAUAAUAAAGGCUUCUCUUCUAGUAAGAAUAGAGGCGGUGGUAAAGAUCAGGAAGCGCCGCACUCGCAUUACGGACCUGGGUG